AUGGCCCCUUCAGGCCUCCUCUCCGCAGAGGAUAAGGCAAAGGUCAAAAAGGCUAUACCCACCUCCAGCUCCUCCAACAAGAUCAUCACCGCUGCUGUCGCCCGAGUAUACUAUGCAAAGCCCGACUCGUCGACAUGGAACUAUGGCGGGGCAACAGGUGCGCUAGCGUUCGUCGCCGACAAGGCCAAGGGUGGACUGUGGUUCCGUAUCGUCGACCUCUCCUCGGGCCGCGGUGUCGUCUGGGAACACGAGUUGCCCAACGAGAUCGAGUACAACGCCGACAAGCCGUUCUUUCACACCUGGGCGUCUGGGGACGCCAUGAUCGCUUUCGUCUUCCCUUCGGAGCCAGAGGCCCACGAGUUCUACAAAAAGGUCGCGAACCGGGCCAAGUACGCCCACAAGGUCAACCGCAGAGACGAAGGCAGCGGCGGCGGCAGCGAGAAGAAGUCGUUCGCGCAGCGCAUCAAGGGCCGCCUCGACAAAAGUAUCAUCUCCGGUCCAAAGGACGGGUCGUUCAAGCAUGUUGCGCACAUGGGCUUCGACUCUGAGAAGGGAUUCACGUCCUCGGGUGUUGACCCAAGCUGGCAGAUUCUACUUGAGCAGCUCACGAUGCGCGGUGUUUCUGAGGCCGACAUCAAAAACAACGAGAACUUCAUCAAAGACUUCGUUGAGAGCCAGGGUGGUAUCGACAAUGCGCUGGCGAUGACGGCCGCUCAACCCAUCCCCGAACAGCCCAAGCCGAAGAGAGGACCGCCCCCUCCUCCAACGUCUCGACGCAAGCCAGCGCCUGCUGCUCCUCCUCCCCGUGCGCCACCAAGCGAGCCGUCAGCACCAACGCCUCCUCCUCCUCCUCGGGCCCCACCCGCCCGCCCCGCUCCCGUCCGCACUCCCUCUCCGCCGCCCCCGCCACCACCUCCGGCGCGGCAUGCCCCGCCCGUCGCUGCUCCUCCCCCUCCUCCCCCUCCUCCUCCUCCUCCUCCACCACCACCACCACCCCCUCCUGGGCGCUCCACACCCACCGCUCCUCCUCCGCCCCCACCCCCUCCUCCCGGACGCACCGCUCCCAUCGCCCCACCUCCCCCUCCACCUCCUCCUCCUGGCCGCUCCGGCCCGCCCCCACCGCCACCUCCCCCGCCUGCAGCGGCAGCGACCGCCGCACCACCCCUUCCGAAGGCCGAAGGUGGGCGGUCCGCACUCCUCGCCGCGAUCCAAGGUCAGGGCGUGCACAAGCUCAAGAAGGUCGACGACUCGGAGAAGCACAUCUCUCCCAUGGCUGCAGGUGGUGCCGCUGUGGCCGGCGCCGCAGGCGGCGCGGCUGUCGCUGCUGCCGCUUCGCCACCGGAGGGUGGCGGCCUCGCUUCGUCGCUGGCCGCCGCCCUGGCGCAGCGUAAGCAGGACCUCGGAGACUCGGACGAGGAGGACGAGUCGGACAGCGAUUGGGACUAG